GACGAUAAUUGGGCUGAGGCCAUAUCAGCAUCAUGGCUCCACAGGACACCACCUAUCUGUGUCUCGCAGUCUUCCUGGGCCAGACAGUUUGGGCACAAAAAGAAUUUCCCAUUCCUACCAUAUCUGCUGCCACAAGUCCUGUGGUUCCCUGGAAUGGGUCUGUGAGGAUCCUCUGCCAGGGAAUUCCUGAAGCUUUCCUGUACCAGUUGUCUCUGAUGAAAAACUCCACACACACAGUUAUAGAGAAGAAACUUGGAUUUCAGAAAGAGGCCGAAUUCAUCAUCAACCACAUGAAUACAACCACAGCAGGAUGUUAUCAGUGUCAGUACAGGAAUAAGGACCACUGGUCAGAGUAUAGCAAACCCCUGGAGUUGGUGGUGACAGGCUUAUACAACAAACCUGUCCUCUCCACAGAUCAAAACUGUGUGCUGAUAGCAGGAGAAAGCAUUUCCUUUCAGUGUAGUUCAGCACACGACCCAUUCAACAGAUUUUCACUGGUCAAGGAGGGAGAUGCUUCUUUGUCACAGCAUCAACAUGAAGGGUAUCAAGGCAAAUUCACACUUGGUCCUGUGAACCCUAACUUCGCCGGGAACUACAGGUGCUAUGGCUGGCACAACAGCAGUCCCUAUGUGUGGUCAGCCCCUAGCAAUGCCCUGGAGCUCAUUGUCACAGACUCCAAGAAGCAAGGUUACGUGGUGGAGAAUUCAAUCCGAAUGAGUAUGGCAGGGCUGGUGCUUGUGGUCCUCUUGGUGAUACUAGCUGAAGACUGGAACAGCCACAGGAUAUCACACAAGGAAGACUGUCAGGAAUUGACUACACCAAAAUGGAGCAGACAGUGACUGUUGGUGGGGAUGGGAGCUACAGGUCGGGAGGCUUCUUGCAAAAAGGAAAAGCAAUUAGAGGCUCUGAUCCAUUUGCAGAAUGCAAGGCAUGGGUGUAAAGUAUCCACCACCCACGUGUUUGAACACUGGCUCCCCAGCAGGUGGUACUGAUUAUGAGGAUGUGUAAACUUUAAGAUGUGCUAUAAGUAGGUCACUGGGGCUACUAUUUAAAUGUUAUACUCACUUCAGAUUCCCACCUAGCUCUCUGCCACCAUAUACUCCUGUGGAGCUGCUCCUAUUUUAUGCUUUCCUGCCACAAUAGAAUACUCCCUCUGAAAACAUGAGCCAGAAUUAGCCUUGCUUUCCUUUCUUUCAAGACAAAAAAAAAAAUUAACUAGUACACAGAGUUAUCACACGGUGUGGUCCUAGGUGGAUCUGAUGCUAUUUCUUCUCUCCUGGUUAGUAUUCAGGUUAGUUAUAAAUACAUUUUUCUUUUAUUUGUGAGAUUAUAAUAUAACUACAUCCCUUGGUUAGGUCUUUUUUUUUUUUUUGUCAGCUCAACACAACUGAGGGUCAUGCGGGAAGAGGAGACCUCAACGGAGAAAAUGUCUCAAUCGGAUUGCCCUGUAGGCAAGUCUGUGGAAUAUUUUCUUGAUUAACAUUUGUCAUGAGAGGGUCCAGCUCACUGUGGGUGGUGCCAUCUUGGACAGGUGGUUUCUGAGUUUUAUAAAAAGCAAACUGAGAAAGACAUAAACAGCAAGCCAGUGCGCUGUACUCUUCCAUGACCUCCAUUUCAGUUCCUGCCUCUGUGUUCCUGCCUUGAGUUCGUACAUUGACUUCCCAUGAUGACAGACUGUAACCUGUAAGCCAAAUAAAUC